UUGGAGCGCGUGCAGUUCUGGCAGAGACACGGAGCAGCUGAGCAUUUUCUUGAUAUCGAUUAUUGAUCAGUUAUUGAGGUGGAGACCAAUCACGAUGAAAGGAACCUCUCACUUCUAAGGCUGAUGUCACAUCUGGACAGCAGACUGUGCUGACUGAGCCAAUCGCUAAUCAAUACAUCACGAUUCAGCUAAUCGAGAGGAUUCUGAGUCAUCAGGUGUGCGAUGACGUCAUCAGACCCUUGUUUGGCUCCGCCCCCACUGCAGGCCGCGCUGCGGAGCGCGGGUGAUGAGGUGGCGCGCUGUUGCCAUGGUAACCUGUGGGCCCACGUGUCGGCGCUGCGGCUGUGUGAGGGCGGCGCGGUGCAGCGGCGCAGCCUGGAGGCGGUCAGCGAGGAGCUCUUCAGGGACGGCGUGAACUGGGGACGCAUCGUGGCCAUGAUGGAGCUGGGCGGAGCUCUGAGCGCCGAGGCUGCUGAGGCUGGAGACAUGCGUCAGGUGGACGCCAUCGCCGGCUGGAUGGAGGACAGUCUGGACUCGCUGCCACUCCGAGGGUGGAUUGAAGACAAUGGAGGAUGGGAUGCCUUUGUGCAGCUGUAUGAGUCCAGACCUCCAGUCAGCUUCUGGUCCCUGAGGGCUGUGUUUGGACUGGUUGUACUGGGAGCAGUUGGGAUCACACUGGGAGCCUUGUUCACCCAGAAAUAAAAGUUGCUGGACCGACCCGACCCGACGAGUCCCAUAAGGAUCUGACGUCUUAUGAACAAUUACCGUCAUUUUACAGAUGUUCCCUGUUUCGUCCAAUGACGGAUGACCUCCAGUAAAAUAACACAGCAACGUAUUGAUUUACAUGUUUACUUUCAAAACAAAGGCCAAAACUGUAAAUAACAUCCAAGACCUGCAUUUUUACAAAUAGCAUUUAUUUUUCACAGCGUGUGACGGUGUUUAAAUCAGCUUAACGGUACCAUCGUUUCACCGGCAUUUGCUGCUGUUUAGGAGGGAAUAAAAGGUGCGUCGUGUUUAAAGUGUUAUUUCACAGAUUUACAAAUAUUACAUAAUAAAUAAAGAUAGUAAACAACGUCCACAGUAAAGAUGAAGCUGUUGUUCUACAGUGACAGAGAAAAAUGUAUGUUUGUUGUUUUUCACAGUUGUUGAACGUUGACGUGUUCCAUUUUUCUGGCUUCCUCGCUGCCAGACUGUCGCUGUUUUUCUACAGACUUGUUUUUAUGUCAUGGUUAUUAAAGGAUUAGCGAAAUGCCGACCUUCA